AUGGACUACGCAUCACUCCGCCCAGUAGCGGAGCGUUCAACUCGACCCUCCUCCUCCCGCUCGCCCGAAUCUCACUACUGGCGCAAAUUCCGAGCACCAGUAUUCGUCAAGGAACUCGCCCCUAUCACCUCCAUCCACUUUGUCCCACCCGUCUCAGUCUACUCUACAUCUACCUCUCUCGUCGAUGACACCGCCACCCCUUCCACCACUAUCGGCUCGACCAGCACCCAACCCACCUCCGUUUCUGCGCGGCAGAAGUUCGCCGUAACCACCGGUGCCCGCGUUCAAAUCUACUCGAUGCGCAACAGCCGUGUCUCGAAAACCAUUUCUCGCUUCAAAGACGUCGCUCGAUCCGCCAACUUUCGUUCUGACGGUCGACUCAUGGUCGCUGGUGACGAUAGCGGCUUGAUCCAGCUGUUUGAUACGACGUCGAGGGCGAUUUUGAGAAGUCUAAGGGGACAUAGUAAUCCGGUGCAUGUGACAAGGUUUAGUCCGAACGGAACGGAAAUUAUGUCUGCCAGUGAUGAUAGGACUGUUAGAUUGUGGGAUCUUCCCGAGCAAAAGGCGGUACAUGUGUUUGAGGGGCACGAGGAUUAUGUAAGGUCAGCGGUUUUUAGUAUGGAUAAUCCAGCGCUGAUGAUGUCAGGCAGUUAUGAUAGUACGGUAAAGUUGUGGGAUUCCAGGAUGGCUGAACAGGGGGGAUGUGCGAUGACCAUGGCUCACGGUGUGCCGGUGGAGGAUGUGUUGGUGUAUCCGACGGGUGGCGGUGGUGUUGCCUUGUCGGUGGGAGGUCCGGUGAUGAAGGUUUGGGAUUUGAUGAUGGGUGGAAGAUGUAUGGCGUCUAUUUCGAAUCAUCAGAAGACGAUUACUUCCUUAGCUCUCUCGGUCAAUUCGGGCGCGGACUACUCCGCUUCCAAUACCGAUUCGAUCGGCGGUAUGCGUAUCCUGACAGGUGGUCUGGACCAUCUGGUCAAGGUCUACGACCCGGCACAAGAAUUCAAAGUAACGCAUACCAUGCGAUACCCCUCUCCCAUCCUUUCCAUGGCCAUCUCACCCGACGAAUCCCACAUCGCCGUCGGAAUGGCCGACGGAACGCUCUGCGUUCGAAAACGAGACGUCAAAGCAUCCGAACUCGAACGUCGAGAAGCCGAACGAGCAGCAAUGAACGCAGGCGCUUACGAGUUCUUCUCGCAAGGAACCGCCGCUGCGUCUAACCAACCUGGAAAAGUCAACGCUCGUCGUGCCACAGAUGACAUCAGGGUGGACAGCAUCCGUAAGCGCAAACUGCAGGAUUACGACCGUUUCCUUAAGGCUUUCCGCUACGGUGAUGCACUCGAUGCUGCACUGCGCAAGCGUGUUGCACCGAGCGUUACCUUUGGCUUGAUUCUGGAGCUUAUCCAUCGCAGUCCGAGAGCAAGUGCGGAUGGGUUGAGAAGAGCGGUUGCUGGAAGGGAUGAUGUCACAUUGGAACCGGUGCUCAGGUUUUUGCUUCGACACGCAGCGAAUGCGAACUAUGUGGAUCUGGUUUGCGAUACUCUCAACGUAAUUGUUGACACGUAUGCCAGUGUCAUCGGUCAGAGUCCGCUGAUCGAUGAUCUGUUCGGAAGGAUCUGGGCCAAGGUCGCGGACGAGUUGAGAUUGCAGAGAGAUCUGAUGCAGGUUCGGGGUAGUUUGGAGAUGAUUUUGGCGGGUACGGCUUUGGGUGCUAGUAGUAUUGCUAGAACUGUAUAG